GCCGGCCUCCGUCGAGACCGUUCCCGGGCAUCCGGAAGGAGCGGGGAGCCGGAGCCAAGGCGGGAGGGCCCGACCAGGAGAGCGGUUUUGAUGGACACCAGACUUUAUUCUUGCAAUGAAGAAAGGCCCUCCACAAAGAGCACCCUCCAGAGCAAAGAUACCACCGUCAUCUCGCACUCCUCGUCCAACUUCUCUUAUGUCCAAUAUGAGAUCUAGGUCACUUUCGCCUUUAAGUGGACCAGAAACUUCGCCUUCAGGAAAACAGUGGUAUGAGCAAGUUGAGAUUACAGAAGGAAGCAGUAUGUCUCAAGACACCCAAGGGCAUAAAGAGCCUGAUGCACGUGCAGGAGUCCGAUAUAUUACUGAGGCCCUUGUUAAAAAGCUUACUAAACAGGACAACCUGGGCUUGGUAAAAUCUCUGAACCUUUCACUUUCUAAAGAUGGUGGCAAGAAAUUUAGGUAUAUUGAAAAUUUGGAAAAAUGUGUUUGCCUUGAAGUACUGAACCUCAGCUAUAAUCUCAUAGGGAAGAUUGAGAAGAUGGAUAAACUAUUAAAAUUACGGGAACUCAAUUUAUCAUAUAACAAAAUCAGCAAAAUUGAAGGCAUAGAACAUAUGUCUCAUCUGCAAAAGCUCAACCUGGCAGGGAAUGAAAUUGAGCACAUCCCAGUCUGGUUAGGGAAGAAGUUAAAGUCUUUGCAGGUCCUCAAUCUGAAAGGCAACAAGAUCUCAUCGCUCCAGAAUGUAAGCAGGUUGAAACCGCUUCAAGAUUUGACUUCUCUGGUCCUAAUCGAAAAUCCAAUUGUGGCUCUUCCUCAUUGCCAGCUAUUUACCAUUUUCCACCUCCGUUCACUGGAAAGUUUGGAAGGUCGGCCAGUAACCACUCAGGACAGACAGGAGGCUUUUGAGAGAUUCAGUUUAGAAGAGGUAGAAAGACUAGAAAGAGACUUGGAAAAGAAGGUGGUAGAGACGGAAGAGCUGAAGAGCAAACAUAAAAGGUACCUUGAGGAAAUGAAAAAGCAAGAUACACUGAACAAAUCAUUAAAAGAGGAGGCCAUGUUACAUAAGCAGAGCUACGAGGAACUGGAGAGUGACCUAAACACAAAGAAUGAAUUGUCUUGGUUUCUUGCAGACUCUUUUCUGCUGAUACUUUAUUCUUCCUUAAAGCUCAAACAGAAGACCAUGGAACUAUCACGAGCAUGUCAGAAACAGUAUGAGCUGGAGCAGGAGUUGGCCUUUUAUAAAAUUGAUGCUAAAUUUGAGCCACUAAAUUAUUAUCCAUCAGAGUAUGUUGAAGUUGAUAAAGCCCCAGAUGAAAGUCCUUACAUUGGUAAAUCCAGAUACAAGAGAAAUAUGUUCACCACAGAGAGUUACAUUGUUGCUAAUGCUCAACAAGUGCACAUCAGGAAGAUGGAGCCAGCUGAAGGGGAACUCCUUCAAAAUGAACAUGCUAGCUCAAAAGCUGGACAGCCACUGGAUGUACAACUGGAAGACAAAGGGAAAAGAAUAACUGCAGCACAAACACGACUAUCAGAACUUCAUGAUGAAAUAGAAAAGGCAGAACAACAAAUUUUAAGAGCUACUGAUGAAUAUAAACAAGUGGAAGAAGCUAUACAACUGAAAAAGAUUUCAGAAGCAGAGAAAGAUCUUCUUUACAAACAAUUGAGUGGUAGGAUACAACUUCUAAAUGAAUUUCGCCAGGAAGCUAUGAAUCUAGAAAAGCAGAUGGAAAAACAAAGACAAGAAAUUGCUGAAAAGCAGAAGGAGCUCAAGAACCUGCAAAUUACCAUAGAUAACCUUGACUCCAAAGACCCAAAGCAUUCCCAUGUGACAGCUCAAAAAAGAGGUCAAGAACAACAACUUGACAUUAUGAACAAACAGUAUAAACAACUUGAAAGCCGUUUAGAUGACAUACUUUCUAGAAUUGCUAAGGAAACGGAAGAGAUUAAGGACCUGGAACAACAGCUUACUGAAGGCCAGAUAGCAGCAAAUGAAGCCCUCAAGAAGGAUUUAGAAGGUGUCAUCAGUGGUUUGCAGGAAUACUUGGGGAGUGUCAAAGGUCAGGCUACUCAGUCCCAGAAUGAGUGCAGGAAGCUACAGAAUGAGAAAGAGGUGUUGCUGCAGAGAUUGACCGAAGUUGAGCAGGAAAGAAACCAACUGGAAAUCGUCGCCCUGGAUGCAGAAAACAUGAGAAAGGAGCUUGCAGAGCUGGAAACUGCCCUCCAGGAGCAGCAUGAGGAGAAUGUGUCUCUGCAGCAGACCCAGGGAGAUCUUAGUGCCUAUGAGGCGGAGCUAGAGGCUCAACUAAGAAUGAGGGAUGCUGAAGCCAGCCAGCUCAAGGAAGAGCUGGAAAGACUAACAAGACUUAACCAGCUACAACAAUCAGCCCUUCAGGCAGAACUUGAGAAGGAAAGGCAAGCCCUGGAGACUGCCCUCGGAAAAGCUCAGCUUUCAGAAGAACAGGAGCAAGAAAACAAUGCGCUCUGCACACAACUCAGACAGCUACAGGGCGACAAUAACGUGUUAAAACAGCAGCUCAAAGAUUUGCAGAAUCAUCUCAGUCAUGUGGCUAAUGGUUUGAUUCAUCCGGAAGAAGUCAUAGCUCGGGUAGAUGAGCUGCGGCGAAAGCUGGAGUCAGGAGCUGGGGAAACAAGAAUCAUCAGCCCUUCCGAUGUCUUGGGGAAAAGCCUUGACAAUUUACAAAAACAAUUCAGUAAAAUACUUGCACGCUCCCAAUGGGAAAGAGAGGAAGCUCAAGUGAGAGAGAGAAAACUCCAGAAAGAAAUGACUCUGCAUAAAGAGAAACUGGCCCAUGGACAAGAAGAAUUCAGGCAGGCCUAUGAGAGAGCCCUUGAAGCACGAAUUAAUUUUAACAAGAGGCAACAUGAAGCAAGGAUCCAGAAAUUGGAGGAUGAAAUUCACUAUCUGCAAGAAAAUCUUAAAAGUAUGGAGGAAAUCCAAGGCCUUACAGAUCUCCAACUUCAGGAAGCUGAUGAUGAGAAGGAGAAAAUUCUGGUCCAACUCCAAGAAUUAGAGAAGAAGAAGAAAUUCGAAGAUGCCAGAUCCCAGGAGCAGUAUCUUAGUUUAGAUAAAGAAUUGAAGAACCUGAAGAAAGCCGUGACUGCCUCUGAUAAGCAAGCCACAGCUGAGCUCACCCUGGCUAAAGAGCAGCUGAAGUCCCUUCAUGGAACUGUUCUGAAAAUUAACCAGGAGCGAGCAGAGGAGAAGCAGGAGGCUGAGAGGUUCAGUAGAAAGGCAACACGUGCGGCCAGGGAUCUGACCCGAGCAGAAGCAGAGAUUGAACUCCUGCAGAAUCUGCUCAGGGACAAAGAGGACCAGUUUGUAAUGGAGAAAGCAGAAGCAGGCACCUUAGUAGCAAGCUCACAGGUGCUAGAAAUGGAUAAACUCAACGAGACAAUGGAACGACAAAGGACAGAGAUUGUAAGGCUGCGGAAUUUGCUAGACAUCACAGAAGCUGAUAACAAAGGAGGCUUUGAAAAUGUUUUGGAAGAAAUCGCUGAACUCCGACGUGAGGUUUCUCAUCAGAAUGAUUACAUCAGCAGCAUAGCAGACCCUUUCAAAAGACGGGGUUAUUGGUACUUCAUGCCACCACCACCACCGUCCUCAAAAGUUUCUAGCCAUAGUUCCCAGGCUACCAAGGACUCUGGUGUUGGCCUAAAGUGCACAGCCUCAACACCCAUUAGAAAACCACAUCCUGCACAGCAAGAUGGGAAAGAAGGUAGUGGACCACCUCCUGCCGCAGGAUACUGGGUGUAUUCGCCCAUCAGAAGUGGGUUGUAUAAAUCUUUUUCAAAUAGAGAUGAAGACAGUGGAGGAGAUAGCGAGGAAGACAGUGACCCGGAUGACCGAGAGGAACCCCCCUUUGUGCCUCCGUCUGGAUACAUGAUGUACACGGUCUUUCCCGAUGGGUCUCCAGUUCCUCAGGGCACGGCCCUGUAUGCACCACCCCCGCCCCUGCCCAACAACAGCCGACCUCUCACCCCUGGAACUGUUGUCUACGGACCUCCUCCUGCUGGAGCCCCCUUUGUGUAUGGGCCUCCACCCCCCAACUUCUCUGUCCCCCUCAUCCCCAUGGGCGUGCUGCACUGCAACGUCCCGGAGCACCAUAACUUAGAGAAUGAAGUGUCUAGAUUAGAAGAAAUAAUGGAGCAUUUGAAAUCGAAGAGACGGGAAGAUCGGUUGGUGAAAGAUUUUCAGCGACAGUCGGAAAAGGAAAUAGAAGAAUUACAUCAUAAUAUUGAUGUUCUUUUGCAAGAGAAGAAAGACUUAGAGCAAGAAGUAGAAGAAUUACAUAGCACCAUCCAGAAACAUCAACAGCGAAAGGACUUUAUUGAUGGAAAUGUUGAGAGUCUUAUUACUGAACUAGAAAUAGAGAAAUCUCUCAAGCACCAUGACGAUAUUGUAGAUGAAAUUGAGUGCAUUGAAAAGACCCUUCUGAAACGUCGUGCAGAGCUCAGGGAAGCUGACCGACUCCUGGCAGAGGCUGAGAGUGAACUUUCGUGCACAAAGGAAAAAACAAAAGAUGCUGUUGAGAAGUUCACUGAUGCCAAGAGAAAUUUACUGCAAGCGGAGUGUGAUGCAGAAGAACUAGAAAGGAGAGCGCAGGAAACAGCCAUUCACCUCGUCAAAGCUGAUCAGCAGCUGAGAUUGCUCCAGGCCGACGCAAAGAACUUGGAGCAGCACAAAAUCGAGCAAGAAGAAAUUUUGAAAGAAAUAAACAAAGUUGUAGCAGCAAAAGACUCAGACUUCCAGUGUUUGAGCCAGAAGAAGGAAAAACUGACAGAAGAGCUGCAGAGGUUACAGAAGGACAUCGAGACUGCAGAGCACAGUGAGGACCAUCACCUACAGGUCCUUCAGGAAUCCGAGACCCUCCUUCAGGCCAAGAGAGCAGAGGUGGAAAACCUGACGGCCCAGGUGACGAGCCAGCAGCAGGAGAUGGCCGUCUUGGACAGGCAGUUGAGGCACAAACGGGAAGAGCUGCAUCUCCUCCAAGGGAGCAUGGUCCAGGCGAAGGCGGACCUCCAGGAAGCCCUGAGCCUGGGCGAGACUGAAGUCACUGAGAAGUGCAGUCACAUUAGGGAAGUAAAAUCUCUUCUGGAAGAACUGAGUUUUCAGAAAGGAGAACUGAAUGUCCAGAUCAGUGAAAAAAAAACUCAACUUGCACUUAUAAAGCAGGAGAUUGGAAAAGAGGAAGAAAAUCUUCAGGUAGUUUUAGGGCAAAUGUUUAAACAUAAAACCGAACUAAAGAACGUGCUGGACAUGUUACAACUUGAGAACAACGCGCUGCAGGGCUUGAAGCGACAGCACGACCAGAAGGUGUCCGCCUUCGAGGAGAUGCAGGCUGGCAUGCGAGAGGAGAAACUGGAGUUGGAGAAUUUGCAGCAAGUAGCCCAGCAACAGAAAGGGGAAAUAGAGUGGCAGAAGCAGGUCCUGGAGAAGGACAAACGGGAAAUGGAGCGGAUGACUGCGGAGAGCCGAGCCUUGCAGGUGUGCAUCGAGUCUUUGAGCAAAGAAAAGGAAGAUCUCGAAGAGGAAUGCGGGAGCUGGGCCAAGAAGACGGCACACUCCAAAAGAGCUUUGGCAGCUGCAGAGGAGAACAGCAAAACCGAGCAGUCAAACUUAGAAACAUUGGGACUGAGUGUCAGGAAACUUCAGCAGGAACUAGACCAACUCAACAGGAAUAAGCUCUCGCUGCAUAAAGACAUUGCAGGAAUGCAGAAGCAGCUACAAGAGAAACGAGAAGAAGUAAACACACUAGAGGAGAAGCUAGCUCAUGUGCAAGACCAUUUGAGCCUCACAGAACAGGAUCUGCUUCACACCACCAAGCACCGGGACAUACAGCUUAGUGAGCAGACCAGGCUCCAGAAGGACAUCAGCGAGCAGAAAAAGAAGUUUAAAGACUGUGAGAAAGAAGGGGAGACAAAGCAACAACAACUGCAGGGGCUCCGGAAUGAGAUCAACGAAAACAAGCUCAAGCUAGACCAGCAAGAAAUGAUGCUUCAAAAACUCCGGCGAGAGAGAGAAACGGAAGAGAAGCGGUGGGAAGCCAGCAAGGUGGCAUUGCAGGAGGAGCACGAGCAGCUGGGGAAAGAGCUCACAGACCAGAAAACCAAACUGGAACAGGUGCUCGCCACGGCCGCGGCCGCUGAGGAGCGAGUCCGGAUGCUGCAGGAGGAGGAGCGGUGGAGUGACGCCCUGGAGAAGACGCUUUCCCAAACCAAACGACAGCUUUCAGAACGGGAAGAGGAAGUAAAGGAAAAAUCAAGGGAGCUUCUGGCUGUCCAGCAAGAGAUGGACUCCCUGAGGGCUGACUUCAGCCUCCUGCGGAAGCAGUUCUUGACAGAGAGAAAGAAAGCUGAGAAGCAGGUGGCCAGCCUCAAGGAAGCACUGAAGACCCAGCGGAGCCAGCUGGAGAGAAACCUCCUUGAGCAAAAACAGGAGAACAGCUGCAUGCAGAAGGAAAUGGCAACAAUCGAGCAGGUGGCCCAGGACAACCAUGAGCGGGCCCGGCGGCUGAUGGCAGAGCUUGUCCAGAUGCAGCAGGAGUACAUGGAGCUCAAGAAGCAGAUGGCAAACCAAAAAGAUUUGGAGAGAAGACAAAUGGAAAUCAGUGAAGCAAUGAGGACCCUUAAGUCCGAAGUGAAAGAUGAAAUCAGGACCAGCCUCAAGAAUCUCAACCAGUGUCUUCCAGAGCUACCAGUAGAACUGGAUUCUGUGUUUGAAAGAAACGAAAACUUAGAAGGAGAGUUGGAAAGCUUGAAAGAGAACCUGCCAUUCACCAUGAGUGAAAGGCCCUCACCUUUUGAAGAAAAACGGAACUUUACCCAAGUUAACAUCAUGGAUGAACAGUGGCGUGGGGAAGCUCUUCGAGAGAAACUGCGGCACCGGGAAGAUCGACUCAAGGCUCAACUCCGACACUGUAUGUCCAAACAAGCAGAAGUUUUAAUUAAAGGAAAGCAGCAGACUGAAGGCACUUUACACAGUUUAAGGAGGCAAGUUGAUGCCUUAGGGGAAUUAGUCACCAGCACCUCUGCAGAUUCAACUUCUUUGUCACCCAGUCUGUCUCAGCCGGAGUCUUCCAUCACUGGACAAAGCCAGAGCUCCUUCUACCAGUUUCUACCAGGCCUGCCAGGAUCCCAAGACAGUUACCUACACUGAUGCCACUCCCCUCACCUUGCUCACAGGGAGGAAAAACGGAUCAGCCACACGCAGAAUUCUGUUGCCUAAAUGAGGAAACGAUUACCUUCUCUACUACCUCACUGACUCCAUAGUUAGAAUGCCACUUGGUUUUUCUGUGUGUGUUUUUUAGCAAAAAUCCACUGAAUUCAGAUGCUGAAAUGGCAGCGUAGCUUUUCUUGUUCCAUUAAUACCAAGGUUUCUUGUCAAUCACUCACUUGUACAUAUGGGAAUAGUUGUAUGCAACUUAAACCAGGGUCCUAGGUGGCAGAAGUUUUCUCUAAGGAAUGUUUUAUAAUAACUGCAAGUUUGAAUCUGUAAACUGAUAUAUACAUACAGUAACAAAGAAACUGUACUUAAAUUAAGCCUUUCAUUUAUAUAGUGCCGAGAGUUAUUUUUGGAUUUUGCUUAAAUUCUAUUUUCAUAUGAAAAUAAAAGAAAAUCAAACUGGCUCCUGCCUUUCUAUCUCUAAAUGUUUAAAGUAAUUUAAUGAGAAUGGCCACCUUACAUACAAAUAAGAC